AAUAAAUAUAUUGUUAACAAACGUUAAAGAACGUUAAAUAAUUCACGCAAUGAGUUCGGGCGCUGUACGCACGCCUGUAUCGCAAAUAAUCCACACCAGGGACGAUCAAGAUGUGGAUGACGAGCCCAAGAAGAAGUCACGCGAGGAUUGGCGCAAGGCCAAGGAGCUGGAAGAGGCCCGAAAAGCGGGUACUGCACCAGCCGCCGUUGACGAGGAGGGUCGCGACAUAAAUCCACACAUACCGCAAUACAUUUCCAAUGCGCCCUGGUACUACGGCUCUCAGGGGCCCACGCUGAAACAUCAGCGCCCGCAGCACGAGGAUGAGCGUGGCCAAUUGGACAACAAGGCGCCCAAAGGGCUGGAUACCACGAAACUGGUGACCAAGUUUCGCAAGGGUGCCUGCGAGAAUUGUGGUGCCAUGACGCACAAGCGAAAGGAUUGUCUGGAAAGGCCGCGCAAGGUGCAAGCCAAGUACGCCGAGUCAAUUGUGGUGCAUGACGAGCACAUUGUGACGGAUGCAUCGAUUAACUACGAUGAGAAGCGGGAUCGCUGGAGUUCCUACGAUCCAGCCAAUCAUCGCGAAAUCAUCGAGGAAUAUGAAAAAGUGGAGGAAGCAAAGCGUCAGCUCAAAGCGGAAAAGUUGAAAAAUGAUCCCGAUGCUGAAAUCUCGGACGAGGAGGGCAACGAGGACAAAUACGUAGACGAGGUGGAUAUGCCGGGCACAAAAGUCGACUCCAAGCAGCGUAUUACCGUUCGUAAUUUGCGUAUACGAGAAGACACGGCAAAAUAUUUACGCAAUUUGGAUCCCAAUUCGGCUUACUAUGAUCCCAAGACACGCUCCAUGCGCGACAACCCCAAUCCAGCGGUACCAGAGGAGGAAGCGGAGUUUGCGGGUGAGAACUUUGUGCGCUUCUCUGGCGACACCACAGCGCAAGCCACGGCACAAUUAUUCGCAUGGGAGGCGCAUGGCAAGGGUGUUGAUGUCCAUUUGCUUGCCGAGCCCACAAAGCUGGAACUGCUGCAGAAAGAGUAUGAACAGAAAAAGGAGCAGUUCAAGUCGAGUACCAAAACGGACAUUGUGGAAAAGUAUGGCGGCGAUGAGCAUUUGAAGGUGCCACCGAAAUCCUUGCUGCUUGCACAGACCGAGGAGUAUGUGGAGUACUCGCGCAGUGGCAAGGUGAUCAAAGGUAUCGAGAAGCCCAAGGCACGUAGUAUUUAUGAGGAGGAUGUGUACAUCAAUAAUCACACCACCAUUUGGGGCAGCUAUUGGAAUGCCGGACGCUGGGGCUACAAGUGCUGCAAGUCCUUCAUCAAAAACUCAUAUUGUGUAGGCAUGCAAGAGCCGGAAGGCUAUGCGGAACAACAGCAGCAGCAGCAGCCGCAUCCGGCAACAUCUGGUGCUGCUGCAACCGCAUCCAUUGUGGAGCCAUUGGCAACAGUACAAGCAGCUGAAGAUGAUGUGAAACCUGCAUCUGGAUCCGAGGUGGACUCUGCGCCUAGUUCGGCAGACUCUUCUGAGGCUGAAGAGGAAGUGCAGCCGAGCAAAAAAUCAAAGAAAAAGUCCAAGAAGCGCGAAAAGAAAAAGAAGGCCAAGGAGCAGCGUAAAAACAAAAAGAAACACAAAGAGGCCAAGGAGCCCAGGGCAAAGGAGACGUCGUUGACUCGAUCCAAGCAGCUGCCCGAAGAAACUGAUGAUCGUAAGCGUCCAUACAACAGCAUGUACGAUGUCAAAGCACCCACCGAGGAGGAAAUCGAGGAAUGGAAGAAGAAACGCACGCGCACCGAUGAUCCAAUGCUUCAAUUCUUAUGAGCAAAUGUUCUCCACAUGAAAACAAAACAAAUAAAUAGGAAUAAGCGACGAAAUGCAAAUUAUAAUUGGAUUUUCAACAAUGACUUGACUUUGAUAUUUGAUAUAUAAUAAUGAUAUAUAAUGAUAUUAUCAA